GCCAGAUCACGUGACCCACGCCGUCCUUCAAACUCCCGUGCGAGUGGUCGGUGGGGCAAUUCGCAGAGGGAUUCGCGCUUCUACACGGCUUGCCACAAUCUCGCCGAAAUGUCCGAAAACAAACCGGAUGCCCAGGUAGAAGAACGCUCCAACCAGGACCCCCUGGCGUCCACAGGAGAGGAGGACAGGGACAGUGGAGCUGCGUCGGCUGCCAAGGACGACGAAGCCAAUGGCGACGGCCCAGCUGCCAAGAAGUCCAAGGUGGAGCCGGCUAGGACGUCGUCGGGGCGUCCACAGCGGGAGAGUAAGGCAGCGGCGUCCCGGCGCCUGAGUCACCUGGAGGUGGCAGCCAAGGAGGGGGAGGCCCUGCUCAAGGAGCUGGGCCACAAGGACAGCAGUGACCCGGACUCUGGCCGCAGGAGGACCCGCUCCCAGACGAGGGGCACCGCCCCCACCCCAGCCCGCCAGCAGCGCCAGCAGAAGCAGGAGCCCGCCCGGCGGACAGCCAAGCAGCCACGCGCUGCUGCCAAGAAAGCUGCAGCCAAGCGCCAGAAAAAGCAGGAGGAAGAGGAAGAAGAGGAAGAGGAGGUCGAGGAGGAGCGCGAGGAGGCAAAGGACAAAAAGCCAGCCAAGGAGUCCAAGGAACAUGGAACCGAGUCAAAAACCAACGACACCCAGGCCGAAGACAAGAAGGAGCAGCUGAACAACAAAGAAGACGCCGCAGCAGACAAGACGCCCAAGGCCGAGAAGGCCGCUUCGGAGAGCGCCGACGAGAAGCCUGCUGGCGACAAGGCCAGCGGAGGAGACCUCAAGCCCUCGGCCUCCAGUAAUCCGUCGGUUACGGCAUCACCCGUGCCAGCUGCGUCCGCUCCACCUUCGUCCGCACCGGCCUCAUCUGCACCGGCUUCGUCCCCACCGGCUUCGUCUGCACCGGCUUCCUCUGCACCGGCUUCCUCUGCACCGGCCUCGUCAGCACCGGCUGCAUCCGCGACGGCGUCGUCAACACCCGCGCCGCCGCCAGAAGAGGUUGCCGCCUAGGAGACUCUGGUCGCUCGCGUUGCAAGGCGGGGGGGAAGGCCACCGUGCUGAAUUCUGUCCCCUCCCGCCUAACUGAGGCAGCAAGCACCCUGCCACACUCUCGUUCUCCUUUCGGUUUAGUGUGUCGUCAUCAUCUGCCGCAUACAUUGGGUUUUUAUUGCAUUUCUUCCGUUGUUUCGUAGCGAGCACUGCGUUGCGCGAGCGUCUUUUUCUCAGUGAUGGUGGCUUGCUGUCGGAAAGUUCUUUUUGCUUGCAGAUUUCUUGAAACCUGAAUGUCGCCGUCAUUUUCUUUUCUGUCGAGGCUGUGCGAGGAUUAAAGGGCAAUGAAUGUCGUCGGAGAUUGUGCUUUGUGUUGUAGACUUUUUUCGCUGUUGGGGGAGACAUGUUUGGCGUGCCUAAGAGUGCAUUUUAGUUUUAAUAACUUUUGAGUCAGGCUCCGAAUGGGAUCGAUGCACAAGUUGUAUCUUCCCUGCAGAGUUGUAUUUAUAGACUGCCCAACGUUGUUUGGGAACUGCAGAGGGGAUGGAUGGUGCUGAAGCAUUUCCUUCUGAAGAGAAAUACUUCCCUGUGCCAAGACACCUUGCCUGACUGUUAUACUUAGUGCCCCCUUCCCCCUCCCUCCUUUUUGACGUAAGAUUGACCGCUUCGCAAAUGCCAUAAUCAUUCAUUGUUUUCAAGCAUAGCUCGACAGAGCAAAUACCUCUCCCCAAAUUCAUGCCUUGUUUGCCGCCGCAGUGCUACCUUUUCACGCUUUCCUCUUCCCCUUACCGAGCGGUCGGAGUUCAUAUUUCUUUAUUUGUGGAUUGACAGCUGCUUUUCUAAAGAUGCUCUUGUUGGUACGGGCACCCCUUGUUAUUCUGUGAAUGACCAUUGGAUGCUAAACUCAGUGGGGCAUAAUUGAUUAUUGAGGAAAUUUGAUCAGUUUGACAAUUACCACUCGGAACCAUCAGUUUGACAAAAAAGCGUUUAGGGGAUCUAAAUUUUAAACACCUUUGUUUCGUUAAAUAAGUGUUGGGUUCUGUUUGCGUUAUCCUGAGUACUAUGCACUGUACAUAUGCAUUGUGCCCCUUCUAACACCAUUUUUGUACUCCCCUGGUCUCUAGGCAGAGUGGUACUUGUAGUCUCUUUUAUCGAAACUUCCGUUUCACCGAUGGUCUCACGUUGGGCUGAGAAACUCAAAGAUGGAUUUUGUGUGCGUGCAGUCAGCUCUUUGGAGUGUGGCCUUUUUCACAGUCGACCAGGUCUCCGGUGCGGGGGUCUCCUACAUUUUACGUUUUUAUGGCCCCUUGCGGUUAAGUUAAGCUGCUCCGAUUCAGAAAGCUUGUUUCUUCAGCGUGUGGUUUUUGUCGAAGCUUGGGCAUGAGCCUUACCUGGGCAUCCUUCAGAAGGAAGGGUAUCCAUAAAGAAUUAAGCUGACACUAAUUUAGAAUACAUGCCUUUGUGUUUUUGGUACCCUCGGUUAUUCAGAUCUCUUCAGAAUCUGUUUGGGAUUCGGAUAUGAAAGUUCCGAGGUUGGCGGAACUGGAAGAUGCUGUUUUCAAGAUACAUAAUUUUUUGCAUUGCCUUAACAUCAAUCCUCGGCAGGCAGGCAGGACCUUGAGGGCACCUGUUUUCCUGGGCAUUUUACUUCUUUUUUAUUGUCAUAGUAAUGUCCCCUUUUUGUAGUCGACUUCACCUUUGCUUUUCUCACUUCAUGACAAUGCAAGUGUAAAUCCACAAUAAAGCAGUUUACAUCAUCCAA